AUGAUGAAGAAAAUCAUAUCUUCAGAAAUAAAAGAAGCGAGAAUGUUCUCGAUAGAAAUCGAUACAACUCAGGAUAUCACUGUGAGAAACCAAUGUUCAGUUAUCAUAAGAUAUGUGCACAGGGGCAAAGUUCAAGAAAGACUGGUUUCAGUUGUUCCUUGUCUUGACACUACCGGCCAAGGAUUCCUGGAGACUGUUCUGAAAGUGUUCGAAGAAAAUGGUUUGGAUCCACAAAAUUGCAUUGCGAACGCUACUGACGGAGCCAGUAAUAUGCAGGGCCAGUUUAAAGAUUUUUCCACUGAAAUGAUUAAUGAAAACGAAGAGCACGUUCAUAUUUGGUGUUACAGUCACGUUUUGAAUCUUGUGAUAGACUCUCAUAAAAUAAUGGAUAUUUUUGAUCUGACUGUGAACGAUCCGAAACAUAAGAGAUUACAAAACAUCGGGGAAACUCGUUGGUGGGCUAAAGAGGCGGCUUUGAGAAAAAUUUUUGGUGAAUAUAAUAAACCAGAUACUGGUUCUGGCCUUUAUAUGACAACAAGAUCCACCUCCUCUACCCCACAGCCCCAAACUCCCUCAUCCUUAUCCCCAAUUAAGGACGACUCUCUAGAGUCCAACAACUCCUUCGCCGAUGCAACAAUGUUGCACAAUAUUAAUAAAUCACUAGAUUUUUCCACCGCUCUUAAAGCAAAUAACAUCACUAGCACCCCCAACCCCCUUUCCACACCCUCCUCCAAAAACACCAACAACACAACAACCCCCGAACAACAAUCACCUCACAUCCCCACAAACCUUCAACCUGAGAUCCCUCCCUAUCAAAUUCAGAUCACAGAAAGAGUCACGCAACCUCCUAAAUACUAA